UUUCUACGAGCGUUUGUUGAGAAGUACAGUCUUCGGUGCUUUCGCUGCCGGAACACUUCCUCGCGAUCGCUUCCUUCUACUUCACUUUUUUUUAUUAAAUUAACCGGAUUGAUAGAAUUGAUGUUCUCGGCGAGUGGUAAAAAUUUGAUAGAAAAAUUUUCUAACGCGCCUGAAUUUUCGCUGAGAUAUCGUUCGUAAAGGCGAUGACUACGACGCGAAGAAAGAUGACAGCAGAUACGAGAACGAUCGAAAGGAUCUGCAAAUAAUUGAAAUUUCCAACGAUUCGAAUAAUUAUUAGAAAAAGAUUUGAAAAUCAGGAUGAGCAAGGAAGGAGGCAACCAGGACUCUCCUCAGGGAGGCGAUACUUCGAAGAAAGACUCGAAUGCGGACCUUUACGAAAAUCGAGGGACGAAGAAAAUCAUACGUUUAGUUACCGUGAUGGCUUACAUGUUCUCCGUAAGUUUCGUCGCCAUAGUUUUGAGCGCUUAUUACUUGUUCCUCUGGGAACCGCCGAAUCCAAAACUCAUACGGCGACCGGUUCAUUUAUCCUCCGAACCCGAAAUACAGUUUCUACUGGCCGAUGAACCGAAUUUGCCAAACGACGUCUCGAUGAACGAUUUUCUUUCAGUGAUGGCAACCGAACAGAAAGGAUCGAACACCACCCGCAAAAAAUCGUUCGGCGGUCGCAUCGCCGAUGAUCAUUACAGCGGAAAGAAACAUCGGAGAACGUUGAACGAAUCAUUGGCGCUAUUGAGAAACUCUUUGGUAGAAUUUAUGCGAAACAGGAUCAACGAUUCCAAGUUUAACGGUGAUUUAUCAACGGAAUCGAAUGAAAAGAAUAAAACAGACUUUUCAAAAAUGAUCGAUCGUACGUUCAAAAAUAAUGCCACAUUCCUGACACUGAAUUCUUCCGCUAUUCCCGGAGAUGAAGUGAAUAAUGAUCGUUUUACGAGUACCAGAAACAGGCCCGUGUUCAAAACAGUGUUAUACACGACGGAAGACACAAUUGUCGCUCGAGAAGAAAACAAACGAAGCGUUUCGAAAAGUUUCGGCAAGGAAAAUUCUUCUGAAAGUUUAUCGAAAGUUAAGGAAUUUGCAAACUCGAAUGAAGGAUUUGUAAAUGGGCUCGAUACGAAAGAGAAAUAUCAUCGACGAUCGAGAGGAUCGUCAGGAAAAUUGGCGAACGUUGCGUCCGACUUGAAAGAAACGCAAAUAGAAAAGAUGACGAUAAAAUCAACGACCGUGGGAGAAGAAGAAACCGAUUCACCGGAAAUCCUAACUACUCAGCGAGAAAAAGAUUUGUCGCCGACUUUAACAGAGAUCAACGGAACAUUUUCAAAUAUAUUACCGCUUCCAACAGUCGAAGAUUUGUCGACUAACUCGAGUACAGAAAGCAAAGAGAUAUCUACUGAAAAACAGACUAAAGUUUUACUUAAUUAAUUGAUUAGAAAAUUGAAUCGAAGAAAGGAAGUAACAUAAUUUGCUAGAGUAUUAUUCGUAUCAGUAUAGUUGAUGUUGUUGAAAAGAACGAUUCUUCAAUAGGACAAUUGCAGAGAAUUUGCAUUUAUAGAGUAUUCAAGAUUGUUGUUAACUAUUUUGUAUAUAUAUAGAACGAUUUAACUUGGGCCAAUGUAUGAUCUUCAACUUUGCGCGAAUGCUAAAGAUUGAGAGUAUACAAUUUGUUAGAUCGAAUAAUCGUCCAACUAAAUGAUAAAUUACUUAAUGAAAACGCGUGAUAAGAUUUUAAUUUUGAUACUGAAUGACUAUACGAUCGAAGCUGAGGUGAACGAAAUCGUGUUUAAGCAUCAUGAUCAAAAUUGUAUUUGUUUCAAAUAAAUUUUUAAGUGUAUAAUAAAAAGAUCGAAGAAAUAUACAAGUAUAAAAAUA